GUGAGGAGGGUCCUCUCAUUGCAUCGCUACGGCGUUGUCGGCGGGGAUCGGAAGGAAGGAAGGGCGGCGAUGCAACGCGGCGCGGGGACGUACGUGCUGGCUGCGUGCUGCCGUCGCCCCGGCGCGAGGGGACGUUAAGGGGAUGACAACGUAACGUAGCAACGGACUACUAGCCGGCACGAGAUGAAUACGAACGGUAACGCGGUCGGGCAGGAAGGUGGUGCCGGUACCGAUUAUGGAAGUAACGAGGAGACGGCGGCUCUGUUGGGCAGGCCGCAGGUGCAGCAAUCGCAGUUGCAGGCGCAGCCAUCCUACCGGUCGUCCAGACAGUCGCAUCAGUACAGAUGCAGGUGCGACCGAAGGGAUUCCCUUGCGCCCACCUCGGCCCUUCAUUUGGCCCGCAGCGUCUCUAGAGAGAGCGUGAAGAGUGGCCACCACUGCUGCCCGUGUCAGGCGCCGCCGCCGCCGGUGUUGGUCACUACGUCGCCCAACGCCCGCAUAAUACGGCAGAGCUCGCAGCCGGAAGCGUCCGCGUGUUGUUGCUCCGGCUGUUGCUGCCCGCUGCACACCGGCGCGGCGCCGAGCGCCGCCUCUCUGCGGCAGCUCCGCGAGCCCGGCGAUGGAAUCGCAGGCAUCGCCGCGGACUCGCUGCGGAUCAAUGGCGGCAUACGACAGUUCCGGCAGUUCCCGUGGUGGUGCAAGUCGUCCUCGUCGACGAUGGCGGCGGUGACGGCGGCCUCCUCCAUGGCCGCGGCGUCCGCUGGCGCCGCUUCUGGUACCCAAGGCGGCCAGGGCGUCGUACUAUGUCCACGUACGCUGUCGCAGGUGCGACGGACACGACUACGCCGGGCCCUCACCGAAGCGACCGCUGAGACCGUCAACUACGUCAAGACGCUGCGGAAGCCAGUGUCGACUCUCUCGAUCCCGGGGGCGAUGAAGAACAGUGGCGGGGGGGGCGGGGGGCGGAAGGCCCUCUUCGAGAAGCGCAAACGCAUCAGCGACUAUGCCCUCGUCAUGGGCAUGUUCGGCAUCAUCAUGAUGGUCGUCGAAAACGAACUGUCCAGCGCCGGUGUUUACAGCAAGGCCUCGUUUUUCUCGACAGCACUGAAAACCCUGAUCUCUGUGUCUACUGUGAUACUGCUUGGCCUCAUAUUUGCUUACCAUGCCUUAGAAGUUCAGUUGUUCAUGAUCGAUAACUGCGCGGACGACUGGCGGAUCGCGAUGACCUGGCAGCGGAUCGCGCAAAUCUCGGUGGAACUGGCGAUCUGCGCGAUCCACCCGAUCCCGGGCGAGUACUACUUCCUGUGGACGACUAAAUUGGCGAACAAGAACGGCGACAUCGGCUCCAAGUGGGUGCCGUAUGACGUCACCCUCUCGCUACCGAUGUUCCUCAGGCUCUACCUCAUCUGCCGGGUGAUGCUGCUGCACUCGAAGCUCUUCACAGACGCGUCGUCGCGAAGCAUAGGGGCCUUGAAUCGCAUCAACUUUAAUACCAGGUUCGUCCUCAAGACCCUGAUGACCAUCUGCCCGGGCACGGUGCUGCUAGUCUUCAUGGUCUCCCUGUGGAUCAUCGCCUCGUGGACACUACGACAGUGCGAAAGAUUCCACGAUGAGGAACAUGCAAAUCUCCUCAACGCCAUGUGGCUCAUCGCCAUCACGUUCCUGAGCGUCGGUUUCGGCGACAUCGUGCCCAAUACAUACUGCGGUCGAGGUAUAGCCGUCUCCACCGGAAUGAUGGGCGCGGGGUGCACCGCUUUGCUGGUGGCAGUCGUCUCCAGGAAGCUUGAGCUUACGCGGGCGGAGAAGCACGUGCACAACUUUAUGAUGGACACACAAUUAACGAAAAGGUUGAAGAACGCCGCGGCGAACGUGUUGCGGGAAACGUGGCUGAUUUACAAGCAUACCCGCUUGGUAAAGCGCGUCAAUCCUGGACGUGUGAGGACUCAUCAGCGGAAAUUCCUAUUGGCCAUAUACGCACUCAGAAAGGUGAAAAUGGAUCAGCGUAAAUUGAUGGAUAACGCCAACACUAUAACGGACAUGGCCAAGACACAAAACACCGUCUACGAGAUCGUCUCGGACAUGAGCACGCGGCAGGACGCGGUGGAGGAGCGUCUGGUGGGUCUGGAGGAUCGUCUGGUCGGCCUAGAGGAGAAGCUGACCUCGUUGCAGGGCCAGCUAGAGCUAUUGCCCGAGGAGCUGACCCGCUGUCUGGCGCAGCACGCCGAGCGGAUGGAGCAACGGCCGCAUUCGCGCAGCGUGCCCAGCGCGCCCAGCACCAUGUCCCUACACCCAUGGCCGGUCAGCCCGGUCUUACCGCCCGUCUCCAGCCGUACGCCCCACCUGGUGCCAGAAACCGGCAGGCAUCACGGCCUCAGUCACUCCGCCACGGUGACCACGACAUCGCAGUCGGCCACCAGGCUCACUUCGCAGGCCGGCAUGGGUGGGCUAGGCAACAGCCAAGGCUCGGAUACGUCGGCGCACAGCUGAGUCUCGUCUUUGCAGCCGCAGCACUCGUACUAAGGCCCCUCGCCGGUUUUGCGCGCGAUCACGCCACGUGGCCGUGCCCAAGGAUUGCCAAUCGGUGCUGGCCUG